GUCGCGGUCGGUCGUGUUUUUGGUCGCAUGUCCCGUAACGCGAAGAAAAUUUCCUGUUCUUUAUCGAGACUUUGUGAAAAACCGUGCGAAUUUAGCGUGUGUGAAAAUACGUAAACAGCUGUGAAUCGUUGCUGGAUGUGAAAAGAGGAAAGUGAAAAACACACGCCAUUUUAUGAUCGUAGGCCGUUCUCGCUGUGAAAGUGCACUAGCAGAUAGCAUUUUACUGAUAAUAAGUGUGUGUGGUGAAUCGCGCGGAAACGACGAAACAACGCAUUAAAGUACCGCGGAAAAAUGCAUUCAUCUAGAGGGCCGGCAAUGAGUAAAGUUUCGAUCGCCGCAGCUUCCAGCGAACAGCAGCAGGCCUUGGCGGCAGGCAAAAAAGAUUUCUGUGAAAGUGCCAACACCGACUCGGGGUUCCUUUCCGAGCCUAACCUCAACAGCUCGGAGAACGUUUGCUCCAGCGAGAGCAUCUCCGAGGGCCCUGCGGUGAGCGGAACCGUCCCAGCUGUUGCCGCCAACCAGAAGGAGCUCGUCGUCGAAGACUCCGCGCCCGACUCCGGAAUGGUGGCGGACAUCGAGUUAAAGGCGCCCGAUUGCGACAUCAUGGACAUCUGCGAGCGUUUCGAGCGAUUGAGAAGCACCAACGAGCAGAUUCCCUGGAACCAUCAGAAUGACAUGGGAGAUACUAAUUUGCAUCUGGCCAUCUACGCGGAGAACGCGGAAUUGGUAAGGAAACUGGUGGCGAACCUUCCGGCACCGUUCCUCAACAUCCAGAACGAUGCGGCCCACACCGCGUUGCACCUGGCCGUCCUGAUGGAUCAACCGAAAACGGUCCGACGAUUGGUGCUGGCUGGCGCCAGUCUAACGGUACGCGAUGCAUACGGAAACACCGCGCUCCAUCUUGCCUGUGGCCAAUCCAAUCUGCUUUGUGCAAAGGAACUGCUGACCCCGCUCAGUCCCAGCGAAAUGCAGCAGCAUCAUGUCGUCGGCGUGAAGGUUCCCCAGAACCUAGAGCUGUGGAAUUACGACGGCAAAACGUGCGUGCAUUUGGCCGCCGAGACGGGCAGCAUAGCGAUUCUGAAAUGCCUAAUCGAUGCUGGGGCUAAUAUUAACGCAAGGGAAGGAAAGUCCGGACAUAGUGCGUUGCACAUAAGCAUCGAGCAGGGCAACGAAGAUUUGGCCAACUUCCUGCUGGACGAGUGUCCUCGCGUUGCUCUGGAUAUGGAAACGUACGCCGGCCUUACGGCCUACCAGCUCGCUCUGUUGCAAAACAAAAUGCUGAUCGCGAAGCAACUGACGACACGGGGUGCGGAUCCUACGUCGCCACCAGAGAGUGACAUCGAAUCGGAUUCCGAUGACGAACUGAUCAGUAACUACUAUGGGGCAAAUGCGUUCUCCGCAACUUUCCCAGGAUUGUCGGCCAUAAAUGUUUCUUAGAAAACAUUUGCGCAUCCCCUCGUCACUCACGCGCCCCACCUUCCCGUCCGACGGUCCCGCGAUUCAUACAAUAACACCUCAAAUCAGGAAGGUGCGCGGUGUGUGCGUGCGCGCGUGUUUAUCAAAAGUGCCUUACCUUUAAAUCGGACGAAGUGAAAAAUUUAUAAAACAACACUAAUAGGGAUAUCCUUCCAUAUAUUUCUGUAAUCCUAAUCCCACACUCUCGAGAAGCGAUAGCCAAGAACGGUGACGAAAUGUGUGAAAAAACAUUAAAAAUAUAAUUUUGUAAAAAUGGAUACAAAUGAAACCACCCAAAAACUUACCCACGAGAGAAGCGUGUUAUCCUUUUUCGUGUUUUAACCCACAACGGCCCGGCCAUCAUUAUAACCGCAUUUCAUUCAAAUCAUUAUCAUCAUCAUGAUCACACGCCCAGGAUCAACCGCGCACAGACACACACAAUCUCUCUAUCUCUCUCUCUAGGCUAGAUACUAACGACUCGCGCUCGCCAUACAUACACCCUAGGCUCGUAAGAACAUCCUGCCACUCUCCCUCGAUCGCGAAUUCCCACUACUAUGGCAGCAGCAGCGCGACGAUGAUCGUUCGCCUCGCGGAUCACAGAAAAAGAGAGGAAUUAGAGAAAGAGAGAGACAGAGACAAAGAACGGUGGGAGAACGCUUACGUUAAGCAAGCGGUAGAUAAAUAUGUAGAGAAUAAUAUUAAAUUAUUGUGUUUCAAACUAGCCCGUAAGCAUGAUGAGAUCGUACAAUGUGAAAUAUAAAAGAACACAUGAUGAUGAUGAUCUACGAGCAGCAGAUAAGUCAAAGCAAAGCGUUGUCCAAUUGUCACACAGGAUUGUUGCUGAAGGAGGAGGGGAGCACAUUUGCGAGCGCACAAUCCCCUUAUUAGUAAAAGCUUCUCUAGAUGAAUGAAAGAAACAUCGCAAGCGAAGCCCGCCAAGGCUCGAUUGUUUGUUG